CACCACAUCGAAGCUGCUAUCUGAUGCCAAGAACGAACUUAAUAUGCUGGCAACGAAGAAGAUUCAGAGCUACGGCGUGCUGAAUAUUGUCACGAAGCCGGGAGAUUUUGCGCAAGCCGUGCAUUCCAUGGAGCCAGUUGUAGCGGAAAUGAAGAAAAUCCAAGGCAGCGAUCCAGAUAAGAGAACCGUGAUCGCAUUUGGAUCGUACGACUACAGUGAAAAUUCUUUUAUGGACCUGUACAAGAAUACAUUUGCAGCUGUGGUCGGUUCAUUCAAGGUCGACACAGUCAUUGCUAUCUCAUCGGUCGGAUCAAUCGAGGGCCCAGGCAGCUGCUCUGCCGUCCCGCCAACUGUCUUGAUCUCUCCAAUGCCAAAGUUUCCAAGCCUGAAGAGCCAUUGGCAUCUCGUGCGCGCCAACGCGACGGGGUACAUCAACAGAAGAGUAUGGGUGGGCCUGUCGUUCGAGAUGGGGGCCCUUAUCUACGCCCUCAAACAGGAUGCCCGCAACUUGAAUAGCAGCGCUUACGCCGAGUGCACAGACUUCGGCAUGACGAGUCGCGAUGCGAUUUGCGCGACAAGAAAAUAUGUUGACAGAAGGGACCAGCACCUGAAGAGCCCGUAUAUUAUAUAUGGCACAUUUCUCACAAGCACGAACAGGCACGUUGUCUUUGCCGAGUACCACACCACCGUCCGGGACAAGUAUACCGCGGCCCGCAGAAGGUUUGGCUCCCUGCGUAAACAAGCGGCGUUGAUGAUCUUCAACGUGCACCUUGGGGACGUGAGGAAGAAGUGCGGGACCGACGCUUUCACCAUCAUAAAAUGGAUCUGCGAAGACUUCAGAGGUGUUAACCAGUGCAACUGAGCCAUCGUCUUUUCGUCGUGCACCUGGAAGCCAUAGACCCGCCAACGGAGUGCGGUGAAAAU